AUGAAGCACAUGGCUGGGAAAAGCCAGCAUGGAUUCACCGAGGGCAUACUGUGCUUGACAAACCCGAUCUCCUUCUACGACAAAGUAACCUGCUCGGUUGAUGUGGGGCAAGCGCUGGACGUUGUCUGCCUGGAGUUCUCCAAGGCUUCCCCGAGCCUCCUCCUGGAGAAACCGAUGCGUUACGGUCUAGAGAAGUGGUCUGUGCACCACCCCGCCGCCUUGCUCAUCCCCAAGGCCCGGGGAAGGCGAGCGCAGCGUGCCACGUACCUGCUCCUGGCUCUGUGCGCCGCGGCGCUGUACCUCAGCGGGGAGUCCCUCGUGCCCACCGCCCGUAGCCUCACCUCCCACUUUGUGGCCCUGCAGAUCGGGGUGCUGCUCAAGGGCACCUGCUACCUGGCCGAGGAGAUCUUCCACCUCCAGUCCAGAGAACCAACUGCUGCAGAAGAGCCCGGCUGGCUGCUUUCAUCACCGCUGGUCUGUCUGUCCUUCCCUCUGCAGAAGCCCUCAGCAGUGGAAAUGUCUGAGAUGUCUGAGAGGUCCAAGCAGAACGUCGCUCAUGGGCUUGCCUGGUCUUAUUACAUUGGGUACCUAAAAAUAGUCCUGCCACGGCUGAAGAAGUCGAUGGAGGAGUUCAGCAGAGCCAACCCCACCGUGCUGACGCACAGGGAGACCUGGAAGCUCCACAUCUUGGUCCCUCUGAGCUGCGAUGUCUAUGAUGACCUGGAGAAAGCUGACAGCAAUAUCCAGUACCUGACAGACCUCACUGAAACCACCCUGACCCGAGCUGGCACCAAAAAAAGGGUCUACAAACACAGCCUCUACGCCAUCAGGGAUGAAGGCAACAAGCUCUGGCACUGUGCGGUGGAGUACGCCACGCCGCUGCAGUCCCUCUACGCCAUGUCCCAGGAUGAGUGUGCCGCCUUCAGCCGGGAGGACCGCCUGGAGCAGGCCAAGCUUUUCUACAGGACGUUGGAGGAGAUCCUGAAGGGCUCCAAGGAGUGCGCGGGCACCUACCGGCUCAUCGUGUACGAGGAGCCAGGUGAAGCGGAGACCCACUUCUUGUCCAAAAACAUCCUCUGGCACCUCCGGCAGCAGCGUGACGAGGAGUACAGCGUGUCCGAGGGGCACCAGCCGCGCAGCCCGGCUGCCACCCUCAGCUCAACAGAGCUCAGCCUCCAGAUGAGCGAGUCAGACCUGCCACAGCCCCUGCGAAGCGACUGCUUCUGAAGCACCAGCACCGCCCAGCCCCGCGCCACC